CCCAAGAUGCCGUCCGUUCCCAUAAGCCCUCUCGUGCGAGAGCGCGCCCCAGGCAGCACGCUCGGGAACCCACUGCCGUCACUCCUUCACACACCCUCCGGCAUGGCCAUGGUCGAGCUACAGGGCACCAUUGCGACCGAGCAGCCAGAGAUCGCGGAAGCUCUCACCUUGGGUCGCCUGGUAUUUCCGCCUGCAGACGACGAUGAAAAUGGACCUUGGGACGGCAAGCGCGUGUUGCUCUACGUUGGCGACCACCAGAGGUUACUGGGCGAGGUGAAAAAGCUGGCCAAGCCGGUCGCCGUGGUCCGUCGAAGCACUUCUUCCGGCACUGAUGACGGCGAAGUGGAGAUCGCAGAAGUUGUAUACUGGAAAUUGUUGUUCUCACACCGUCCCGAACCAUUGGGAGGACUGCAGGGCCAGCACGAUGACGACCAAGCGAUAUGA